AUGGCCAAGAAACUGGUUUGUGUAAUAAGAGAUCAUCCUAAUAUGACCAGCAAAGGUGUAAAGGUAGAGUUGAGGAAGUAUGGUGUGAAGCCAAGUAAAAUGCAGGUUUUUAGAGAUAAGAACAAAGCACUUGCUGAGAUAGAAGGCACAAAUGGAUUCAUGGAAGGUUGCAGGCCUUUUUUGGGGUUUAAUGGAUGUUUCUUGAAGGGUCCAUUUGGAAGUGUACUUCUCACAGCAGUUGCUUUCGAUGCAAACAACAACAUAUUUCCAAUAGCCUUUGCUGGAUUAAAUCUAGCUUAUGAGGAGAUAUUUACUGAUGCAACUGGAAGCCAUUGUUGUAGGCAUAUAUGCAGCAAUUUCAAGGUUCAAUUUCCAGAUAUCAUAGCAGUUUCUUUUGGAAGGCAGCUAAAAGUUAUGAUAUAUCUGGAAUUCCAUGCAAACAUACAACACCAGGAAUUAUGUACAGGACAGAAGUUGGAGUCUUACUGUGAAACUUGGUUCACAAAGAACAUGUACUUGAAGGCAUACUCUGCAAUGAUUCAUCCUAUUCUUCAUGUAAAAAGGUGGCCUCCUAUACUUGAAGUGCUCCCAAAAACAGCGUUGCCACCUCCUUUGAGAAGAGCUCCUGGUAGACCAAGAGUGAAUCGAAUGAGGGAAGCUAAUGAAGGAGCUUCUUCUUCACAAGCAAAAAGGUCAAGUACUCUCAAGUGUGGAAAUUGUGGAGCUUUUGGUCAUAAUAAAAGGACUUGCAAAUGA